AUGUCAUUGGUCUGCUCGCUAUCAAACGAAGUCCCAGAACAGCCAGUCCUCAGCCCUCGGUCAGGCCACAUAUUUGAGCGACGUCUCAUUGAGAAGUACUUAACGGAAACCGGAUGCGACCCGAUUAACCAGCAGCCACUGUCACCAGAAGAAUUGAUAGAGGUCAAGACAGCGCCUUUCGUUAGACCAAAGCCUCCAUCCGCAACAUCCAUUCCCGCUAUUCUGAAGGCACUUCAAGAUGAAUGGGAUGCUGUGAUGCUUCAUUCUUUCACUUUACGCCAGCAGCUCCAAACUGCAAGACAGGAACUGUCUCACGCUCUUUAUCAGCAUGAUGCAGCCUGCCGAGUAAUUUCAAGGUACUUUGAUUUCAGAUAUAAACCGAAUGCAGUAAACACUGGGGUUUGCUUGGAGCGACCCCGCUACUUUUUCUAUAAAAGUGCUUUUAUUCGUCUUUUCCCACCGCUAUGACAAUGCUUCUAUGUAUUGCUAUUCUUCAGGUUGACAAAGGAAGUUACUGCGGCUCGUGAAGCCUUGGCAACCCUAAAGCCACAGGCCGGCAUUUUGCCCGGCAGCCAGGCGGCCGCUCAGGCCCAGCCUGCGCCUUCUGUCGAAACGCCCGAAAGUUCGGCUGUUGAUUCUUCUAACGUGAGUUUUAAACUUUUGACCAUGUGUCGAAUUCUCACUUACAUGUCCACUCAACCCGAACCAGACUCCUGUCUAUUACUUCCUCAAUCCCUUCAAUUAGAAAUCCUACUGUGGGAUAACUUUUUUAUUGCUCCCUCGACAGCAUUAAUUUAGCUAUGAAUUGUGCGUCAAAAUCCUAGCUAUUUGAAUCUUCGGUAACGUUGGGGAUCAUGGACAACCCUCUUAACUUUAGUUUUGGAGGUCCAACCAAAUACUAGCGUUUGGAAGCAGAGAUUGUUAAAAACUUUUGAGCAAAGCGUGAAACGGUUGGGCUGUUACUUUUCAUUUUACUUUCAUGGCAGAGACUGUGAGCUGCCAGUCCACCUGCUCACUUGUGAAGCAACUUUCAACAUACCCCUCACUCAAGUCCGAUGUCGCAAAUGCGAUUGCACUAUCUUCAUAGUGCCGAUUCUGUAAUUCCUUUUCUUCGGGAACUCACGUAUACAGUUCGAUCUUAAUUUUGUCCCAUGGGAUCCUUUCCCAAAUAUGUGCAAAGGUCCUAGUUUCCGAUGGUAGCUCGGUCUUUUGUGUGACAAGCCAUAGCAUCUUUCCUCUCCCAAAAUAUUGAUAUCCCUACUUACAUAAUCAGUUAGUACACGCAUAAUCGGAAGGUUUCCAUACAACACGGAUAGUAAGGGGAAAGAACUGUGCUUUUUGUCAUUUUCUGAUUUAAUUGCCGCCAUGAAGGACUUACAUGAUUGUCCUUUUCGGGAUUUUCUGGGGCGCCUAUGUUAGUGGAAAAAGGCAAGUUUAAUUAUUGUGUAAAGAGUAAAUACUGAUAACGUCGACAAAUAUUUAGAUUCCUGUGUAGGAAACUAAUUCAACUUUUUAAGUGCAUGUGAUUUGAAGACCGCUUAAUUUAGCUCUUGAUCGUCUUCCUCUAUCAUCCUUUGGAGAUACGUGCCUUUCGGCCUCGUCUGUGUAUAUUAGUCUCUGUUUAUACUUGUUUUUUUGGGUUCCUUUAAUGUUAUUUAUCAUCCCGCCACCGUGCAGCUUCAAGAGGAGAUUGGUGUCUCUGAGGCCGUGGUUACGAGACUGCAGGAGCAGGCGGCUAAACUGACUGCUGAGCGCAAACGCCGAGGCAAGACUGCUCCCGAGGGUCUGGCCAAGCCCAAUGUCAUCUCAGAAUACCAGCAGAUUGCGUCCCAUGUUGGUCUGCAUUCUCCAAGCGUGCCAGGCAUUCUUUGUCUUGACAUUAGCAAGUCUAUCCCCGAGCGUAUCAUCACCGGUGGCAACGACAAGAAUGUAGUUGUCUUCAACACUCAGUCCGCUCAGGUGUGUAACUGGCUCAUAUACUUCCACUUUUCGUGUUUCUCUUUCUACUCAUAUUUCAUCUGCCCUUUUCCUGGUAAAAUUUUUGGGACAACCUGGUAACAGCCAAACUCUAGACUCAUUUUUGGGACGCUGCGAGUUAAAAUCUUGGCCUCAGUAUUUAUCUUUAAUCAAGGCACACUUCAGAAGAAGCAAUCGCCAGAACGGGUUUAUUUGUCUGACGUUUUGGAUUCCCAUUCAACCACGUUACUAGACACAGUCGCAAACUGGUAAUGGAUUCAAGUAAGGAUCCAAAACGUCAAUAUUAUAAGUUCUUGUUCCAGCGGCCGCAUCUCCUAAACUGUUUCCUGGGACUUGUCUCCUCUUCUGAGUCAGCAAAGCAAACUUUUUUCAUCUCUGAUUGGCUCAUGCCAACCGGAUUCUUGAUCAGCGGUUUACAUGAGUGUUGUAUUAUGCCUCAACUUCUCGGUUAUUUCCCUGCACACAAAGCCGGGAUGUUAAGUCCCAGGUGAGUCAACUCAAAAAGCCAUCGAAAGCCGUUUGCAGUAUUGUAGCGCGAAGCAAACUCUGUCGGCCAUUCUUUACUAGACUGACGCUGCACUUAUCGCCCAUGCAUUGAGUGCGCGUAAACCAGUGAACGGACUUGAAAAAGGUUUCCCGUACAUUUCGACUAUACCGAAAAGAUAACAAACUGACAGACUGCAUGCCAAAGAAACGAAGACAGAUGCCUGUUUAACCUUUUCUGACCACUUCCUCGACAAGCCCAUGUCAGGAAAUUCUAUUCCACAUAGGUGGUUACACCCAGGUAUCCAGUCGCCCUUAUAGCUGUUGUCGGUUGCCCCAUAUUUUUGGAUGUCUGAAAAGUGCUCUCCAUUCCCAUAUCAGUUGGCUUGAACUUGUCAGUGAGAAUGAGACAUAAAAGUUCUCUCCAUGGGGAUUCGAACCAAACCCCCCAUAAAAGUCUUGCUCCUUUACAUCCAUUUGGUGGUUAAGACUUAGCUAAAUACAGUUUUAGAAACCACUUAUUGUUCUGGAUGAUUUAUACUCUUAGAGUUGAUUCCCCUAGGUCUAGUAGUCCAUUUCACUACUUGGAUUUCAUAAUUGUGUCCAGCACAGCUGAUCCCGACGACGAUAAUUUUGAUCUCCGACUUUGUGCCUCUAGGUUAUCUCCAUUCUCCGUGGACACACGAAGAAAGUAACCAAUGUGGUAUACCAUCAGUCCGAGCAGUUGGCCUUUACCGGCUCUCCGGACAGUACUGUCCGUGUGUGGGGUGUGGAGCAAGGCCAGUGUGCCAGUGUCAUCCGCGCCCACAUGGGCGCUAUCACAGGUCUAAGCGUCCACGCCACUGGCGACUACCUCCUAUCCUCAAGCUCUGACGGCCAGUGGGCUCUGAGCGACCUACGCCAGGGCAAAGUACUCGUUCGAGUUACCGUGGAGAAGGACGGAGCAACCCAAAGUGAGUCUCCAGGUUUUGGCCCACCCACAUUAUGUUCCUGCACGUUGAAACAUGCGGUCAAACAUUGUUCCUGUUUCGAUCUGAUCUUUACUUCUGUCUCAUCUUGUUUGUUUUUUGCAGUUCUUGAAGCCUUUGACACUUACGAGUAGAUUGCAAGGAAUAACUAACUAAAGCAGGAUGGCUUUCUCUGAUUAGAACAUAUUAUGGACACGAAGCACUCUGCACAGCGUCAGCGUGUACAUUGUUAUGAGUCUAGGUGCAGUUUUCUCAAGAACUGUCUGAAACAGUAGAACUAAGAAAACUCUCUGUAACUUGCAAAAACUCCAUCGGCGUUGUGGCUUUCGUUAGCAGCCGGAAUAGGUGAAAAUAGGCUUGUAAGAUAGAGAAUCUUGGUAGACGGUAAGGUCGAGGGAAGACUGCUCACAAUGUCUAAUAUGGAAUUUUUAAUUCUUCUGUCCUGCUUGUAGCCAGAAGCCACAGGCGAACUGCGGCAGUUCAGCCGCCGUUGCCGAUGGUGUCUACCGUGUGUGUCCCACACCAUGGUGGGCGCGGGACGUUGGUUUGCGUGUGAACUAGUUUAUAAUGAUAGUAGACUUGCGACGAGUCUUCCCUCACCCACCUGUAGCCGGCAUCAAGACAGGGUCAAGAAGUCGGAGCAGGAUCGAGCGCAGUGGCUGACCAAGCCAAGCAACCCGUCUACGCACGCCACACGCGCCUGAUCCUCACACGAUGGGCCAGGUUUUCACAGAAACAAAAAGGAGGCUGCUCGAAUUCCUACUGAGAGCGAGUGCCAUAGACGCCACAUUAAUAAGCAGCCAUUGGCAGCCUUCGAAGCCACGGUCUAAAAGUGGCUCGGAUUCUUUAUAGGGAGAAAUGUUCGCUGAGUGCCGUGGGGACGCAGUCUGUAGAGUCGGCCCUCUCCUCUCUUCUCUAUUUUGUGCACCAGUCAAUUGUCCUAGCUGGUCACUCGACUGAUUGGGUGAAGUGAUAGACAGUGCUAAAACAGCCUAUCUGCGCGUUCCACAUAUCGUCUGCCUUUCUCCCACACAACGGUGUUGGGUUGGUUUGGUCUCAUUUGCGUUAGAUUACCAUGGAGGCCACAUGGAGAAGGAGCCGAAGAACACGGCAUUCACAUGCGUGCGAGGUGUCUAUUCGAUGCCGGUGGUGGAUGAUACGAGACCGAUUUGUGCGUGAUGUAUGGGCUGGCGGCGCAAUUCGUGGUGAUGAGAUUUAUUUUGCGAUUGUUUGUUGCACAUUUACACGGAGGUGCAUGUAGCUAAAUAGGUCAGAUUUAUCCGACAGUUUGAUCGUCCUUUCCGACAAUGUCUGCCGUGUGCUCAACAGUGAUAUGAGAGCAGGGACGAUGACUUGCGCGUGAGUUAGUCUUUAGCGGUAGUAGACUUUCGCGACAUCUACCGCACUCCCUCCUCCUCCCCGACCUGGGCCCGGUGUCACGACAGAGUCAAGAAGACCGGAGGCGAGAGAGGACGCUAGUGGUUGGCACGGCGAAAACUCGCACCUACGCGCGUGCCACCACACAGAAGUUAUACAGUGGACGCACCAACGGUCAGCUUAAACGCCGCUUCUAUCGCUCAGCCCAAGAGUCAUAUAACAGUUGUGAAGCUAUGUACAUUCUUCCUCCCCCAAUGUUUCCAUGUGAACCCUGUACUGUUCUGAUCUUCAUAAUUUUUCUUCACUUGCUUGAACACGUUAAUUUUUACUCUUCCCUUGAGCCAACCCAACAUGGUUAUUCUUGGUCAGCCCUUGCUGCACUCCUUGCCGAUGCUACCAUGGCAGCGUGUGCACACGAAUUCUCGUGUUCUCUCGCUCCGACCGUCAGUUCGACCGAAGUCUGUCAUAUCGACGCCUCAUUAUUGGCACACAGUGGCGUGGUGCGCUUAAACCCCUGCUGUCUGCCUGCAGAACACUUCGCGCGCCCUAGGCUACAUGUUGUUGGCACUGAACUCUCCUUUAAACGUGUGUAUACGUGCCUUCGAGUGCGCCUGCCAAAUUGCAUGGAAGCCACCGCAGCAUGCAUCAGCGUCGAACAUGCCUGUCUAUCCUUACGUCGGUGUGACAUUUUCUGCAGGCAUGAGGUCGUGGCGAGAGUACUGACUUAUACUUGACCGAUUUUAUUCAUGCCCGAUAUAGGCGGCCUCAGUUCACACGAGACGUUCGUGGAAAUUCGCGACGCAAACGACUUCACAAUAACCGCCCGGCUUCUUUGUUCGAUGUUGUUUCCCGUAGAGUCUCGGUCCGUCGCAGCCUAAGCUGAAGCCAGUGGUGACAAAAAGACUUUCUUACUGGUACUUGAAUGUAGCCAUAUUGCAGUGCUGUCAUUGAAAUUCCUAGCAAGACAGGAGGCAGUGCGACUAUUGCCGCGCCGGUAAAACACGUCGUGUAGGUGGUAAGCAGCAAUUGAAGGCGAAGGACGAUACGGGAGGAUAGUCAGGCGUGUAAAUGACUAUUGGCCGGAAGGAUAGGGGACGUCGUUCGUGAAACAGGCUAGUGCAAAUCAAGCAAGGUAAGUCAUAAACCACAUGACAUUUUAAUUGGACAUACGAGAAAGCAUGCAUGAAAUUGGGCGAGGGGCGUAGGAGGGGUCCCAUGAAGCACGGUAUCCAACUCGUUGCACAUCUCUGUUCUCCAUGUUACCAUCUAGAGAAUGUGUUGCCUUCACGAGAUAAGGGACUUUACACGCCACAAUUAGAUACGCAGUAUGACCAGUAUUUAACAGGUGCCUUGCGAUUGAAUCUUCUGGGACCUUGUCUUCUCUCCUCAAGGGCCAACUUGGUCCACCACCAAAUGCAUGACAGUUCAUAAACUAAGGCAGAGAGUGAAUACGUCUUUUAUUGCUCUGACCAGAAUGAUCAUUGAAGUGAUUACCAUCGUUAAAUUGGCAGUCAUUUGCCCUAUAUCACGUCACGUAUCUUUUCCUAGUCGCGUUUUUGUUUAUCGCUUACCACGCUCAUUUUGUAGAUUGUUCGCAUGGUAACUCUAGACAGUAUGUGAAUUUGCAAAUAACACUUGCAGUUUGACACUAAAUUCCCAAGUUUUGUGACGUCACUAAAUACUGCUUUAUUCGCGAUUUUAUUGUCCACAUUUCUUGCGGAAAGUAAAUUUUUCACAUUACUACUCUCAUGACUAGCCUCCUAAUUUUAAAAUGAACCUUCCAUUAUUACACUUAGCGUAACUUCCUGUCUCGAGUUGCCUUAAGUUGGCAAUUUUGUUUUGAGAUUAUGGCCUCCUGUGCUUUCGACUUUUUGAGCGUAUCUUUGAUCUCUUCCAUCAUUUCUUGUUGUCAAGGUCUUACGUGUGCCCAAUUCCACCCGGACGGUCUUAUUCUGGCCACUGGUACAGUGGAUGGUGAAGUGAAGAUCUGGGAUGCCAAGGAUCAACGCAAUCCUGCCACCUUUACCCACGGCGUCGGGGCAGGACAUCCGCUGACUGCAGUAGCCUUCUCUGAGAAUGGCUACUACCUGGCCACCGGCGGGGCCGACGGCCAAAUUAAGUUGUGGGAUCUGCGAAAACUGAAGAAUUUCAAGACCCUGGUAUGCAGUAUUUCUAGUGCCCACGUAUUUUGGUUGUCGCUUAUUGUUGGUUUGCAAGAAAUUUCACCUCUUAAAGCCAUUCGUCCUCUUGCAAUCACCUAGAAAACCCCGUUAAGCCGUAAUGCUAGCAGUUGCGUGAGACUACAUGGUGGAUAAAUGGUCUCCUGCAGAUCCGGAGUACCUAGAUUGAUGUCUUUGCCCACCCCUUCUCUGCACCAGUUUGAGGCUGAAGGAUCGCACUGGACAGCGAAUGAAUCCUUAGUUGAUGGCGGGCAACACUCGCCCUGUCUUAAUACCACCAAGGCUCGUCACCUUUUUAGAAUUAACCCACUUUGCCGCAUCAGUGCUCAGCUACGCCGUAAGCUUUUACUGCUGUAUGCUACACGACUGUCCAUUGGUCAGACCCGGGCACCUGCUUAUUUCGCAACUAGUCCGCUCUGAAGACUUUCACUACCCACCGGCUGUAGACACCGAGUAGUCCCAUAGCUAGGCAAACAGACAAGUUGCAACUUUCCCAGGGUUCCCUUCUUCUAGCCACUAGAGUUACCUAUCGGUCCUCGUCUGCUUGAUAAAGGCCUCCAAUGGGCACAUGCGGAGAACUGCCUUGUGUGCGGUGUGGGAUCCGAUAAAAACCAUACUCCCAUUAUAUUCUCUGAUUAGGGUCGUCCUUUCAGCAUGCACGACUUGCUGCUGUGAAUGUCUCCUUGACAUAAUGAAGACCUACAGUGCUUGAUCGAUCUCAUAAAAUAUUGGCCAAAAUUCCGGAAUGCGUUUCUGAUUAGGAAGGAUUACUUAAGUGGGGUUGUUAUACUGAUUAUCGUGCAGCAUAACCCUAUAACGUUUCGGACUCGCCAGGAUGUCGGCUUUUGAAUGCACUUCUUUUUGACCUCCUGCAGAAACCACACUCGGUAAAAAAUGACCACUUAAGUAGCAUGCAUUUUCCAUAUUGAUUUUCGAUGGUCCUAUAAAUUCGAAUAUAUUUUAUAGAGAACAUGCACAAAAAUAUGCUUUCUUUUGCUCAUUUGGUAGGAAAUAACAUUGUCCUCAUAUUUUAUGCCCGAAGAAAGUGUAUAUUUAGGUUUUAAAAAGUUCCUAAUUAUGAGAUUUUUAAGACCGUGAGAUGUCCAUGCAUGCAAAACUGCACAUGUCCGUUUGCUAAUGCUCCUCAUGAAAUGUACAACACAGGCCGGAUCCAUUACAAAAUUUCAUGAACUCUAUGUGGCAUCUUCUUAAAGACAUAGAGGAAUAUAUGAUUUUCCUUACGCGGAAAGCAUGUACCUUGUAGACUGAAACUGCUAGACGCUGAUGCAAUGGCAGAUCAGGCUGAAAAUUUUUCGGGAAUUGGGAAACUUUUCUAAAACCUAAAUAUACACUUUCUUCGGGCAUAAAAUAUGAAGACAAUGUGAUUGCCUACCAAAUGAGCAAAAGAAAGCAUAUUUUUGUGCAUGUUCUCUAUAAAAUAUAUUCGAAUUUAUAGGACCACCGAAAAUCAAUAUGAAAAAUGCAUGCUACUUAAGUGGUCAUUUUUUACCGAGUGUGGUUUCUGCAGGACGUAAAAAAGAAGUGCAUUCAAAAGCCGACAUCCUGGCGAGUCCGAAAUGUUAUAGGGUUAUGCUGCGUGAUAAUCAGUAAAACAACCCCACUUAAGUAAUUUUUAGUAAUCGAAAAUGCAUUCCAGAAUUUUGGCCGAUAUUUCAUGAGAUCGGUCACGCACUGUAUACACGCCAUUCGGAUGAUGUAGUGAUUAUCGGAAGGCUGAUAAGUAGACCAUCUGCCACUAUUAGUCUGUUGAUGUGGGAGGAGAAGGAGUACACGAACCUUUCAGAUAAAUUCCAGUGUGCCUUUGGUCACCGAUAUAUGCGCCACCUCUUUUCGUCUGCCCUCUGGUUGUCUUCGGCUUGUUUGCCUUUCUGUUGCCCCAGAGUCAUCUUUGAGCUACUUACUUUUUUCCAUAGUUGUUUCUGCCUAGCUCUGCAAUAUAUCUGCCUUCCAUUUUCUCCAGGCCCCAGAGCUCGCUCGCGGUGGUGGCGUUUACGAGAUAAAGGACCUUGAGUUCGACCAAUCCGGCUCCUACUUGGCUGUCGCCGGCUCUGACGUUCGCGCCUACCUUUGCAAGCAGUGGGACGAACUGGCCGUUUUCACGGCGCAUACCUCACCCGCCACUGGCGUGCGCUUCGGUGAAAACGCCAAAACCAUCAUCUCUUCUAGCCUGGAUCGUUCAAUUAAAAUUUACGGCCUCCAGGAUGAUAAUGCUGCUAAGGACUCCCAAGAAGCCAUGGACAUGUAG